AUGGGAAGAGGAUCCUCGAAAACAAGCACGAAAGUGCUCCCACUGAUUCCCCUUGCGCCGCCCCUCGCCGUGCUACCCAACACCACGCUUAAGAUCCCCAUCACCAACCGCUCCGAUGUCGCCGCCAUACUUGCGAAGAUUUAUAGCGUCAGUCCGACGGCGAGACCGGAUGCGUCGAUUACGGUGGCGUGUGUGCCGUUGAAUUCGAGUACUGUGAGCCCGGAUGGGCAGCUGUUGAUUGACGAUGCGAGGAGGGGGGACAAGACCAUGUAUGAGAGUGACCCCAUACGCGCGUCUAAGAAGGAUAUCUUUGGCUGGGCUUGUGUGGCCAAGGUUAGUGGGGUGCAGGGGCGGAAACAGGGCGACUUGUGCCUUGUUGUUGAGGGGCUGGAGAGGGUGCAGGUCGUGGAUGUUGUACAGGAGAGACCGUAUUUCGAGGGGGAGUUGGUCGCGGCAGAUGAAUAUGUCGACAUUGCCAGUUCAGACCUCUUGAACCAGUUUAACCUCCUCAAGCAGCUGUCGCGUGAGCUGCUCGCCCUCGUCCGGCUUUCUGCUAUCCUACCGCGCACGCCGCAGGUCACACUCUCGCCGAUUGUCGCGCGAAGACUCGAAACGUUCAUCACGAGGAAGGAUCUGUCCGAGGCGGGCGCACUGGCGGACUUUAUGGCGAAUGUCGUCGACUGCACACAUGAGGAGACGCUGCGCGUGCUGGCAGCCGUGGAUGUCAAGGAGAGAGUGGACAGGGUGAUUGAGAUUCUUCAACGCCAAAUCAACAAUAUCCAAGGCAACACACGAAUGACGAUUACAACCACACAGGCACCGACGACUAGUUUGGACAUGGACACUCUACGACGGUUACAGCAGGAGGUGCUCACAAGACGGGGGAAGACAGGAGGUGGUCUGCCUGCUGGCUUCCCCGGCGGCUUCCCAGGCGGCGGCCAACAACAGGCGGGCGAGGAAGAGCCCAACGAGAUUGAAGAGUUGAAGAAGAGGCUGGAGGAUGCUAAGCUAUCACCAGACGCGAACAAGGUGGCACAGCGCGAGCUUUCGAGAUUGCAGAAGAUGAACCCCGCACAGGCUGAGUACCAGGUCUGCAGAAACUACCUCGAGAACCUCGCCGAGAUACCGUGGUCCAAGACGACGGUCGACCAGCUAGACGCAAACACACUGGUGAGGGCAAAAGAGCAACUCGAUCAUGAUCACUUUGGUCUGGAGAAGGUUAAGAAGAGGCUGUUGGAGUACUUGGCGGUUCUCAAGCUCAAGGAGCAGGCGAACAGGGGCAUUGACGAUCAGAUCCGCGCCUUGACCGAGACUGGUGAAGCCAAGGAGAAGGAGCAGGCUCCGGAGGAGAAGGUCGCAAAGGAGCCAACAGAGGCUGAGAUGCGGCUGUUGGAGAAGAAGCGCAUGGUGGACAAGUCGCCGAUUCUGUUGCUGGUUGGUCCUCCGGGUGUAGGAAAGACGUCGCUGGCCAAGUCGGUCGCUACAGCACUUGGUCGCAAGUUCCACCGCAUCUCACUCGGUGGUGUACGCGACGAGGCGGAGAUUCGUGGUCAUCGCAGGACCUAUGUCGCCGCCAUGCCUGGACUCAUCGUCAACGGACUAAAGAAGGUGGGCGUUGCAAACCCCGUGUUCCUCCUCGACGAGAUCGACAAACUGGGCAUGAUGAACCACAACGGCGACCCGGGCGCAGCCAUGCUCGAAGUCCUUGACCCCGAACAAAACCACACCUUCACCGACCACUACGUCAACAUCCCCAUCGACCUCUCCAAAGUCCUCUUCAUUGCCACGGCAAACUCGCUCGACACCAUCCCCCCACCGCUCCUCGACCGCAUGGAAACCAUCCAACUCUCGGGCUACACGACGCUCGAAAAACGGCACAUCGCCGCCCGCCACCUCAUCCCAAAGCAAAUCACAACCAACGGCCUCCACCAAGAAAACAUCAACAUCCCCACCGACGUCCUGGACAAAAUCAUAACGUCCUACACGCGCGAAUCGGGUGUCCGCAACCUCGAGCGCGAAAUUGGGUCUGUCUGCCGUUCCAAAGCCGUAGAAUACGCCACCGCAAAGGACACAAACACGCUCGCUGCAUACACGCCGACCGUCACGCUCGAAGACCUCGACGCCACUCUCGGCAUCGAAAAAUUCGCAGAGGAACUCACCGAGCAGUCGUCGCGACCGGGCGUCAUCACCGGUCUAGUGGCGUACAGCACCGGUGGCCAGGGCUCCAUCUUAUUCAUCGAAAUCGCCGAUAUGCCUGGUACGGGCCGCGUGCAGUUGACUGGUAAACUGGGCGACGUACUAAAAGAAAGCGUGGAGGUAGCGCUUACCUGGGUGAAAGCCCACGCGUUUGACCUCGGUCUUUGCGCUACUCACGAUGAGGAUAUUAUGAAAAACAGGAGUAUCCACGUUCAUUGUCCGUCGGGUGCGAUACCGAAGGACGGACCCAGCGCUGGUCUCGCGCAUACGAUUGGCCUUAUCAGCCUUUUCAGCAACCAACCUGUCCCGCCUACGCUCGCUAUGACGGGUGAGAUCUCGCUCAGGGGUCGCGUGUUGCCGGUCGGCGGUAUCAAGGAGAAGUUGAUUGGUGCGUUGGGUGCAGGCGUCGAGCGUGUGUUACUACCUGAGGGCAAUCGCAAGGACGCGAGGGAGUUGCCGAGAGAGGUUACCGAGGGGAUUAAGAUUGAGUUUGUGGGGCAUAUUUGGGAGGCGUUGGGACGGGUCUGGCCAGAGAGGUGGGAGGGACGGGAGGGGGGGUGGGAGAGUAGGUUGUAG